CGCUAACUGUAUUACAAAAAAAUAAAUAAAUAAUUUACUAAUGUUUUGCUUCGUACACUUUACACACCUGAAACUUGCCUAAAGCACUUAUUCAUUGUUGCUCUUAUAGUUGUGUAAAUUUCUUUUUUCGUCCUCAUGUGUAAGUCUGCUAAAUGUAAAUGUACUGAUUUGUUUGAAGAAGUUGCAGAGAAACUAUAUUUUCCUACCUUUUAGUAGAAGCGUCUCAAGGGGGGAAGUAGAAGGAUAGAGAAUGCCUUGGACUAACCUAAUAACUCCAGAUGGUAUGGCAUCAAAUACGACAGCAAAUUCUUUAGGGGGGAUGGGAGUAUUGAAUCGAUUAAGAAAUUUUGUUUAUGAAAUUGAGAUAAUUUAGCUGGUAUUUUAUCAGCAUUAUAGUUACACAGGGAUUAAAGUUCUCCGUCGUUACGACGGAUUUCCGUCAAUUGGAGCGAGUCAUUGACGGAUUUCCGUCAAUUACAGUGUUCCGCUUGUUCUUAAUUUUUUUUCAUGCUCUUUUCCUAAUUUUAAUGCUGUAAAUAUAGGCAUUUCUCAAAUAGUGUAAUAAAUGUCUUAAUUUUAGUUUGAAUAGGUCUUAAAUUAAGAAAAGAAGUGUAUUCAGCCUGCUGAGGAGGAAAAAAAUUUUGUGAUCAAAGCCUGGAGUGGAGCAAAUGCACGUUCCUCUCUCCACUCUAAGCGUUUUAGCAUCACUCCGCUAUGGAUCCACUCCGGGUUUUGGUAUAGUUUCAGAGAAGUACAUGUCAGGCUACGGCUGAGGUAAGUUAUUUAUAUUUAAGAUAGCAUGGACCCAUUUAUAAUGCAGGAAGGCUCCGAUGUUUCGGAGAUCGAAAAAAGUGUAAAAAAUAAAUGGAGAUGGGCUUGGCUUAGCGAAAUUGGGGAGAAUGGCAAGCCUUUUAGUUCGUGGGCAAAAAAAAUUAAACAACCAGGUACGUGUCUUUGCACAGUAUGCCACAGGAAACUUCAAUAUGGCAGUAAUGGCAAAAAAGUGCUAGCUCGCCAUCAGUCAGAAGCCAGUCACAAUGCCGCCGUUCGUGCUCUACAGUACACUUGCUCCCUGCCUGGUGCGACAAGUACCACAACGGAGAUUCAUGCAUCUAUGGCCGACCGUGUGUGCGAUGUAAAAGUGCGCGUAUGUUCUUUCAUAGCGGAGCAUGACCUGUCGUUCACAAUCUCACAACCGCUAGUUAAUUUGAUGCAGUCAGUUGUCAAAGACAAGAGUGCACUUUCAAGAUUGUCAAUGUCUAAUGCACAUGCCUCCAACUUGUGCACACAUGGUAUUGCUGCUUAUUGGAAGUCCGAAUUGUCAUCUAAGCUGAAAACGAAGAUGUUCUCAUUAAAUGUAGAUGAGGCAACAGAUGGAAACAUGGACAGGAUUCUGAAUGUUCUUGUUCGGUACUAUGAUGAAGAUGUGGGAAAAGUGGCAACCCAGCAUCUAGCCUCGAGGAAACUGAAUAUCGCAGAUGCCUUAUCAAUCACAAACACAUUGACAGAUAUUCUCCAGUCAUAUAGCCUGAACUGGAAUCAGGUUGUUGGUAUACUGUUGGAUAACUGCAGUGUGAUGAGAGGGAAAAAGUCUGGAGUAGAGACACUAGUCAGAAGAGAAAAUCCAUCACUGCUGGAUGUCAGCGGAGACACUGUCCAUAUGGUCUCGAAUGCAGCCAAGGCCCUUUUAAAUACUUUCCAGGGAUUUGUGGAACAAUUUUGCUCUGAUGUAUACUAUGACAUUGAAAAAUCACCCAAACAGAAAGAAAUUUUUUCUGAGUUCCAGUCCUUACUUCAUUUGGAGAAUAAGAGCCUAAUACGUCCCAUCAGCAGCAGGUUCCUGCAAAUGUUAGAUGUGUGCAACAGAAUACGGGACCUUAUGGAUCCAUUGACCGUGCACUUCUACAGCGUCCUGUCUUCUCAUGAUCAACACAAACACAGAUGGCUCCUGAACCAGCUUCUUGAUAAGCAUGCAGUUACAUCUGAUGAGAAGGCCAGGAUAAUAUGUCUGCAACAGCAAAUAGCAAAAUCUGCGAGGAUAGGAAGUGAUGUCAACAAAAAACGAAAGACACGCAUCUGUAUGCUUUUUUCCGAGUUCGACAAGCUCACAACCAUUAUUGAUUUGUAUCGAGGUGUACUUCCAACUUUCCAGGUGUUCCUGAAGAAGUUGCAACAUGAAAAGCCCAUGAUUCAUGUGCUGCAUGCUGAAAUGCUACUGCUGGUUAGGGAACUUCUCUCCAAAUUUAUGAAGCCUGAAACUAUCCCUUUGAGUGCAAAUGGCUUGUUGAAGCUUAAUGUUCACCAGAGAGACCUGCAGUACACUGACAAAAGGUUGUCUGUGGGAAGAUUCAGCUUCUUUGCCUUAAACAAGGCUAGAGUGGAAAAGAAGCCCUGGGUGCAGAAGCUCUACAGUUCUCUCAGAGAAGGCUACAUAAAGGCAGCAACAUUCCUCCUGAAAAACCUGCCCCUCAACAACAUCAUCAUCACCUCUUUAUCUGCGUUGACACCAUCAUUGAUUCUCCACGAAUCAGUCCAAGGUGCAUUCAACACCUUGGCCAAGGCCUUGCCAAAUGCUGUGAAGUCAGAAGAGUUGGGUCAACUGGAUGAAGAGGUUCGAGCCUACCAGAUUAAUACAGAUCUAGGAGCACAGGCCAAAUGCUUUGAGGAGAACAAUGCACGAAUCGAUGUUGACUGGUGGAGUAAGAUUUUUGCCAUGAAGAUGACAGGAGGAGGAACGAGGUUCCCCAUCUUAGGGAAGUUGGUAAAGGCUCUUCUGUCAUUGUUCACUGGCCCUCUUGUAGAAGGAUCAUUUAACAUGAUGGAUGAUAUAAUUGAGAAAGACAGGGUUAGGCUGAACAUUGAGACUUAUGAAGGUUUAGCCAUUCUCAAGUCCAACAUGAAGGUAAUGGGCAAAACUGCAUCUAAAAUGCAAAUUACCCCUGCAUUAAGGAGAUUUUGCCUGUCUUCUUAUGAGACAUACCAAAAUCAUCUGAAGAAAAAGAAGGUGAACCUUGACAAUCAAAAGGAAAGGAAACUGAGGGAAGCUGUGAAGGUUCUCUCAGAAGUUAGGGUUAGAAAAGUAAAGAAAGGUUCCACCUCUUAUGUUUGUGCUAAAGCCCCCACCUCUUCCACCCUGGGAGUUAAACGAAUAGCUGCUGCUACAGCCUCCACCUCCUCCACUGCUGGAGUUAAAGGUAAAUCUGCUGCUACAGCCUCCACCUCCUCCACUGCUGAAGUUAAAGGUAAAUCUGCUGCUACAGCCUCCACCUCCUCCACUGCUGGAGUUAAAGGUAAAUCUGCUGCUACAGCCUCCACCUCCUCCACUGCUGGAGUUAAAGGUAAAUCUGCUGCUACAGCCUCCACCUCCUCCACUGCUGGAGUUAAAGGUAAAUCUGCUGCUACAGCCUCCACCUCCUCCACUGCUGGAGUUAAAGGUAAAUCUGCUGCUACAGCCUCCACCUCCUCCACUGCUGGAGUUAAAGGUAAAUCUGCUGCUACAGCCUCCACCUCCUCCACUGCUGGAGUUAAAGGUAAAUCUGCUGCUACAGCCUCCACCUCCUCCACCUCUCCUGGAGCCACUCCUGCACAUGUAGCUAGUCAAACACUAAAACGGGUUUCAGGUGUAGCCAAGCUUCAGGAAUAUGGUUUUACAGCCAAAAAGCAGAAAAAGUGAAAAGCACUCUAGAGGCAUUUGGACAAGAAAAGCACUUUUUGGAAUUUAGUGGUGGUGCUGUUACUUUUUUUUUGCUGUUAAUUAUUAAUAGUUUCACAAAACAUUGUUUGGUGUUAUAAGAUACAUAAAACAUGCACUGAAAAUACACUUUUUGAAAAAGCACUUUUUGGAAUUUAAUGGUGAUGCUAUUACUUUUUUUCUGUUCAUUAUUAGGAGUUUCACAAAACAUUGUUUGGUGUUAUAAGAUACAUAAAACAUGCACUGAAAAUACACUUUUUGAAAAAGCACUUUUUGGAAUUUAAUGGUGAUGCUAUUACUUUUUUUCUGUUCAUUAUUAGGAGUUUCACAAAACAUUGUUUGGUGUUAUAAGAUAAAUAAAAAUAUGCACUGAAAAAAACACUUUUUGAAAAAGCUCUAUUUUGAAUUUAAUGGUGGUGCUAUUACUUUUUUUCUGUUAAUAUGAGUUUCACCAAACAUUUGGUGUUAUAAGAUAAAUAAAAACAUGCACUGAAAA